GCGUCGGCGCCAUUUUGUCCGUGAAAGGCCGUCCGGGGGGAGAGCCCGAGGAGUCCUUCGCACGAUGCUGGAGGCCGGUCCUUGUUAGUCCCCCCCUCCUCAGCCGGUCACCCGUCCGCUCCUCACCCUUCUCCUUCACCAUGGCGGGGGACGAGGCCCGAGAAGACGCCUGCCGGGAGUACCAGUCGUCCUUGGAGGAUCUGACCUUCAACAGCAAGCCGCACAUCAACAUGCUCACCAUCCUGGCCGAGGAGAACUUGCAGUUCGCCAAGGAUAUCGUCACUCUUAUCGAAGCGCAAAUCGCUAAGGCACCUAGCUCAGAGAAGCUUCCAGUCAUGUAUCUUAUGGAUUCCAUUGUUAAAAAUGUUGGAAGAGACUACGUUGCUGCGUUUGCUAAAAACAUAGUUGCCACGUUUGUUAUUGUGUUCGACAAGGUGGAUGAAAACACUAGAAAAAGUUUGUAUAAGUUACGUUCCACAUGGGAAGACAUUUUUACUUCAAAGAAACUCUAUGCACUUGAUGUGAGGGUCAACCAGGUAGACCCAGCAUGGCCUGUCAAGCCUUUACCCCCUAAUGUGAACACAGCUAGUAUCCAUGUGAAUCCUAAAUUCCUGAACAAACCAGAGGAGCCUACUACACCUGUUAUAGCGGUGCCAAAACCUGUCCCGUCUCGCACUUUGAAACCUGAGGUACCAAAGUCUCAUCUUUCACAAGAACAGCUUAUAAGGCAGCAGUUGCUUAUGAAGCAAAAACAGUUGUUAGAACUUCAGCAGAAGAAGUUGGAGUUAGAAUUAGAGCAGACUAAAGCACAACUGGCUAGUUCAGUACCUGCAAAACCUAAUGUCCCAGAAAUUCCACACAUGCCUGCUAAGGCUGUGCACCCAACCUCUACUACACAUUCUGAGAAGAACAAAAUUCCUGUACCCUCCCAGUCUGACAAGGCUCCCGCGUCAACCAGAGACCCUAGACUUAACAGGGGAAACCAGCAUUCAUCACACACAAAAGAACCCCAUAAAAAGGAAACCAAGACCAAUACACCUGCACCACCAGACUCUAAACCCCUAAAACCUGUGCCAUCAGACAAACCUAGCUUGUCUAAGCCAGAAAAAAAUAAGCCAGCAGAAAAGUUACCCAAGAAGGAAUCUGUACCCUUGGACCUUAAAUCUAAGUCCAAAUCACCUUUACCGUUGAUACCUAAGUUACCCCAUGCAAAAGAUGGGAAGGCACCUGUUGCCGAUGGCACCAGAGAUUCUGGUACAAGAGACUCUGAUGUAAAUAGAAGGGAUCCGAGGUUACGCAAGCACUCGAGAGACAAAUCAUCUGAUGAUAAACCAGAAGAAAUUAAGGAAAAACGAAAAAGCACAGAGAAAAAGGAGGACCACAAAUCCUCUGAGCAUCGACCAUCUGGAAAUAGGACUAAGACUGUAAAUGGUAUAUUGCCGAAAAACGAUUUGGGUGCAAAUGACCCGGACAAACUUAUCCAAAAACCUGGGAGAAGUAGUAACCGAAAAAGGUCCCGAUCACGUUCUCCUAAGUCCAGGAGAGACAGACGAUCUCCGUUAAAGAGAAGACAAAGAAGCCAAUCUCCUCCAGUUCCUCAAAGAAGCCGCUCUCCUAUUCCUCCUGUCCUCAAAAACAGCAAGCUGCGUCAACCUGGAAGUAAACCACCUCAUACGAGUGACUUCUCAUCAAGUGCAAGAGAUGACAGACUUAAAAGGAUUCCGAAAUUGGAUCCUAGAGAUAGCAGGAGGCAGAAGAGACCCUCAGAGGAGAGGCAGAAGAGACCCUCAGAGGAGAGGCAGAAGAGACCCUCAGAGGAGAGGCAGAAGAGACCCUCAGAGGAGAGGCAGAAGAGACCCUCAGAGGAAAGGCAGCAAGAUGCACCAACACCGCUGUUUAGUAAAACUGGUUCAGAACCAAAAGAAAACGUGGAGAACUGGCAAGGGUCUAAGAUCGGGAAAAGAUGGCGACCUGGAUGGGAGGAAAACAAGACUUCUCCGAAUGAUGAUCACCACCAUGGCAAUAGAACUCCUUAUCCAAGACAUCGGGACAGCUGGCCUAAUAGUAAAGGAAUACUUUCCCCCCGCACUCCCAAGCAACAACCGUGGCUAAGUGUGGAUCCUAACCUACAAAUCCCAAAAGAAUUAACAAGUGCAAGCAAAGGAGAACUGCUUCAGAGGGCUAAUGAACGCUUGACAUCUGGAGAAAUUACACAUGAUGAAUUCCUUGUCGUUGCGCAUCAAAUCAAGCAGCUUUUUCAGUACCAAGAGGAUAAGCAGAGAUGUGUGUUUAGCAGUCCCACAGAAGAAUCCAGCAGCAGUGGAGUGCGAAAAAAGCCACUUCUUUCGAAUGCAGAAUUGACGUAUUACCAGCAUAAAGCUAGGUUAAGGAGAACUCAGGUACAGCAUUUUAUGGAUCAAGACUUUAUGGAUUUUCCCAUGGAUGAAAUGUCCUCUAUUGAUGGAGAAAGUGAGCACAAUGACAGAAUACCCAGUAGCUUGUCUGAAAGAAACCAGCAGUUCCCUGAAAGAGUGCGUCGUCCUUCUAUGCCUGGAACUCUACUCCUUGAGGAAGACCUCCCACAUGACCUUGAUCAAGAACUGCCCAAAGGUUUAAGAGAUGAGUCGCAGACCUUAUACAGUGAACAAUAUACUCUUGAACGACUCAGAUUAGAUGAAAAAGAGCAGGCGUCUUUGUUAGACAGUUUAGACUCGCUCAGCAAUGAGAGCUCAAAACAUGUUGGCUUACUUGAGGAGAGAAGAUUGCCACCACUGCAUGACCUGCCACCACUGCAUGACCUGCCACCACUGCAUGACCUGCCGUCGCUGUUGCCUAAUAGAGGUGAAGAUGCUGGCAGUCAGGGUUUUGAAGACAUGGACAUUAUGGACAGUAGAGAGAGCUCACCAGUCAAGAGAUUUGAUGGUCCUUUAGCCAAUCAAGCUGGAGGUCAACUUUUCGAAAACCUGAAAGGACAACCGAUGGACUUUGAUCCCAUGGGAAGCAAUUUAGUCGACACUCCAAGGUUUGACAAUAUUUCUGGACAGCCAAAUAACACACAAAGCCAGACAUUGCAAAGAUUUGAAGGUGUACAAAAUCAAAUGGUUAAUUCACAAAUGUGUAGUCAAAGAAUAGAGUCUUCUCCAGGUCCACCUCUAGUUCCAACAAGAUUUGAUGGACCACAAGGACAGCAGUUGGGAUCUCAGAUGUUUGAUGGGAUUCCUGGACAACCCAUAGGUCCACCACGAUUUGAUGGAGUGCAGCCAGUGGGACCUCAGCGGUUUGAAGGUGGUUUAGGACCAGGACCACAAAGGUUUGAUGACCCACAGAGAUUUGAUGGCGGGCCUGCACCACAAAAUUUUGAUGGACCUCAAAGAUUUGACGGUGCACAGAGAUUUGAUGGACCUCAGAGAUUCGAUGGAGUAGGCCCACAAAGAUUUGAUGGGCCCCAAAGGUUUGAUGGUAAUUCAGGGCCUCAAAGGUUUGAUGGACCUCAUAGAUUUGAAGGACCACCUAGACCGCAGCUACUCCAGCAGAGGUUUGAGGGUCCACCACAGGGUCCUCACAUGAGAUUUGAGCAACCAAUGUCUCAGCCAGUUAUGUUUGACGGUGCUGGACAACCAAUGGGCAAUGUGAGGUUUGAAGUUCCACAUGGUCCACGGUUUGAUGGUCCUCCAGGUCCUAGAUUCGACGGACCGCAUGGUCCUAGGUUUGAUGGACCACAUGGUCCUAGGUUUGAUGGGCCACCAGGUACAAGGUUUGACUGUCCUCCACAGGGUCCACGAUUUUCUGCAAGUCAAGGUCCCAGGUUUGAUCAUGGUCCUGGCCCACAAGGUUUAAUGAGAUUUGAUGGCCCUAUGGGACAGGCUGGGCCCAGAUUUGACAAUGUUCCUGUAAACAGAUUUGACAAUCACCCUCCCCAUUUGCCAAGGUAUGACGGUGUUCCUGGACAACCGUGUACAAGGUUUGAUGCCCCUCCUGGACACCAAACACCUCCUAGAUUUGAUGGCCCAGUACAUAUGCAGCCUCGGUUUGAUGCACCUAUGCCACAAAGAUUUGAUGGCCCCAAUCAACAGCCCAGAUUUGAUAUGCCUCUUGGCCCCCAAGGACAACGGUUCGAAAAUAUGAAUCCUCCUAUUGGACAGAAUCCUCCACCCAUUGGACAGACUCCUCCUCCACCCUUUGUUCAGACUGCUCCUUUUGAUCCCCAAAACGUGUUUCAUGGACAGUCGCAAGGAAUGCCAUUUCAAAGGCCAGAACAAAGAUAUGACCUGCCUCAAGGCCCGAGAUUUACUGGGCCCCCGGCCCCUGGAAUGCAGAUGUUUCCUAACCAGCUCCCCAGACCAUCAGGACCCUAUUUCGAUGACAAAAAUCCACAGGCGCCUCCUUUUGGGAACUUCAACCUACCUGUUGCAAGUAUGCAGCAAAACCCUCCAUUUUCAACUAUGGCUCAACCGCAACCUACACCUUUUAAUCCAGAGUCAAUGAUGGGCACAACACAAGCACCAAAUCAAGGAUCAUUUAUUAUACCACCCCAACCAGCUGCUGCCUUUCCUAACCCUGAAAAUCACUUGUGUCAGUUGGAUGUUAAUGAAUUAUUUUCAAAGCUGCUUUCAACUGGAAUCCUUAAAGGGGCAAAGUCUGAGCCAUCUUCCUCCCAAACUGAAACACCCAGUCAGCCUGCAACUGAGGAGGAGGAAGAGGAACCGGUUGAAGAACACGAUAUUCCUGAUCUUACCAGCUUUGUCUUAGAAGAUAUGAAACAACGCUUUGACUGUGUUAUAACACGCCUGUACACUGGUAUCCAGUGCUAUUCAUGUGGAAUGAGGUUUACAAAGUCACAAACCGACGUAUAUGCUGACCAUUUAGAUUGGCAUUACCGGCAAAACAGGACAGAAAAAGAUGUGAGCAGGAAAAUAACACACAGGAGAUGGUACUACAGCUUGACGGAUUGGAUAGAGUUUGAGGAAAUUGCAGAUCUGGAGGAAAGGGCUAAAAGCCAGUUUUUUGAGAAAGUCCAUGAGGAGGUCAUAUUAAAAACCCAGGAAGCUGCUAAGGAGAAAGAAUUUCAGAGCGUGCCGGCUGGUCCUGCAGGAGCUGACGAGAUUUGUGAAAUAUGCCAGGAGCAGUUUGAACAGUAUUGGGAUGAGGAAGAGGAGGAGUGGCAUUUGAAAAAUGCUAUGCGUGUUAAUGACAAGAUUUAUCAUCCUUCCUGUUUUGAAGAUUAUAAAAAUACUUCUUCCUUUUUGGACUCCACACCAUCUCCGAGUAAAGCACUCCUGGAAAAUCCACUGAGUGCCAUGCUAAGUUUAGUUAAGGAGGAAGCGACCGACACUACCGAAAUUGCACUCACAGUGAAGGAAGAGCCUACAGAGGACAGACCCUGUAGUAAGGGCGAAACCAUACCUCUGUUAACGGAGAUCAAAUUGGAACCCACCGAUCCAGAGCAGAAGCCGCUGCCAUAAGACUUUUCUGUUUGUAGUAUAGAAAUUUCUACUAAAUGUGAACUGGGGGCGGGGCCUCUGGUUCUUUGUUACUGAAUACAUUUUUGUAUUUGUAUUUCCAUAUUCCGACACAGUUUCAUGUGUAAUUUGAGGGAUGUGCACAGAGGGCGGAAUGACUUUGUACAAUAAGAGCUGUUGUAUAAAAAAAAGUUUCCACAUGGCUGUAAAUUAUAAAUAAAAAUAUUUUUGCUAUACCUGGAGUGUGAGGUUUCUGCACACCAUACAGAGGUUUGAGAAUAAAGUGCUUUGCUUUCUGUGGUUGACGUAUGUAUCUUUCUGGAAACUUAUUUUUUAUUUUUUUGGAGUUUAAAAACAAAGCUGAUUCUGCCAUUUUGGUUUUCCUAUAAUUACAUGUUGGACUAAUAACUGGUUGGUUUAAAGCUUUCUUCUUUAAUACAGUUUAUAAAAAAACUCACUAAUAAGAUCCAGGUAAAUUACAAAAAAAAAAAAAAAUGGAAGCGAUUGUGCCCAGGACAAAGCACAUCAAUA